CAUCGCUCGGAAUUAAUCGAUAUUUGCAAGUAUAUCAUUGCGCAGCAAAAUAUUUAUACAAUUAAUAAAUAUAGAACGGCUGGCAGGGCUUUUCCUACAAAAAUCUAUUCUGAAAAAGUGCCCUAUAAAUUGCCCAUGCCACGGAGAGCUACGUUUAAGUCCAUGGGUAAAGCAGCAAGCGGCCGUUAUCAACAAUACGCACGUCCAUUUAUUAUAGUAUCUAACGAAUCUGAUUUUUACAUGGAUCUGGCAUCAGAACUAGCGCGAUCGAGUUUCUAGAUAAUAAUCAACAUCCUAAUUGCAGUUAUUCCCCUCCACCGACUGUACAUAUCCAAUCGGUGUUGUCAUGUCCGACACGGAGGACCCAUCUGAUUAUAUUCAGAGCAGGGCGCUCGAUGAAUUCCGAGUGAAUUGGCAACGUGAGCUGCAUGUGCAAGCAGAACCUCCGCAGGCGCCAUCAGUGGAUCAGCAGGAGUUGCAGGGGCACCCGCUGCAUGUACAUGACAAUAUUGAGGCUCAAGCCAGGGCGGAGAGUUUCUAUCGCACUGCCGUUGAGCUGGAGCAGCGUGGCAAAGUCUACGACGCACUGGCCUUCUAUCGCAAGGCCACUCAGAUUGUACCUGAUAUUGAGUUCAAGUUCUACGAGCAGCAAAAAUUGAAGAACGAUGUCUACAAAAAGUACCACCAGCUGCCCAGCGAUUUCAGCAAGCAACUCGAUCUGGCAGACCCCAAUGCCGAGAAGGACGCCGAGCCGAUCGAUGGCCUAUACGAAAAGUUUCAGCGUGAUCUUUGCUGCGAGGAGAUCUACGGUGGCAAGAUCGUCUUAAAUAGUCGCGAUGCAAGCAUUUUGACAACCGGCAACAAUCUGCACAUCUCUGAUCUGCCGCCCGAGAUUCUGAUUCAUAUACUGCGCUGGGUGGUGUCCUCACAGCUGGACAUGCGCUCCCUGGAGCAGUUCUCGGCUGUGUGCAAAGGUUUCUAUGUGUAUGGACGCGACGAGGAGCUCUGGCGUUUGGCCUGCGCAAACGUCUGGGGUCACAAUUUGGGCACGUUGGAUGCCAAGGAUGGCUAUGAGACGUGGCGCGACAUGUUCAUACGACGCGAGCGGGUCCUUUUCAGCGGCUGCUACAUUAGCAAAACCACUUAUUUACGCAUGGGCGAGAACAGUUUCCAGGACCAGUUCUAUCGCCCCUUGCAGCUGGUCGAAUACUAUCGCUAUAUCCGUUUCUUGCCCGACGGAAAGGUGCUCAUGAUGACCAGUGCCGAUGAGCCGGCACAGGGUGUGACCAAACUGAAGCAACUCUACAAUACACGGCCGGAUGUGCUGCGGGGUCGCUAUCGUCUCUUUGGCAGCACUGUGACGCUCAUGCUGCAAAAGUCGCAGGCAAGCCGGCCAGCGGCGGCACAGCGUCAUCGACGUGGCAGCAUCAUGCCCGGCGACGAGGAGGGCAACCACACACAUUAUGUCAUCGAGAUGCGUAUCAUGAACUCGCCUAAGCGGCGAUUUGCCCAACUGAUCUGGUCGAACUACUCCUUGGUGCAGAAGCGCAAUAAGGUGGAGACGAGCUCCGAGUUCGAUUUGACGGCGGCAAGGUAUCCACCGUUGUGGUUCUCGUCGGUGAGGAGCUAUCACCUGGAUGCGGAUGCGCCAUUGGCUUAAUCUACCCCUUAGUUGCACACAUAAUGCAUAAUGUGAAUAAAAAAAAUAAAACAGA